ACCCUCCUCUUCCCCUAAACUCAAAUUUCCCAAAUUUCUUCUCUCUCUCUCUCUCUUCAUGCAUGCUUAUUUGCACCUAAAAUCGCCAAACCUGUUCAAUUCGCCUGAUAUUACUCAUAUUUUCACUUCAAUUUCAUGAAAUUCGUCAACAAUUGAAGGUCUAUCUUCGAAAAAAAGGUGUAUAUCUCUCUACAUGGUAUGAGUUCUUCAGUUCUUUGAGUGAAUCAAAUCAAGAAGGAGAAAGAAGUAGGUGAAAUUGCAUGGAUGAUCUAUGAUUUUAAGAAUGCUCAUCAUCUAGAACAUAUAAACAUGCUUGGCUUACUGGUGAGUUAUGCUCUUCAAUUCUUUUGGAAGAUUCUUCAUCGAGUGUGAACCGAUAUAGAAAUACCGUAAAAGCAAGACAGCCAUGUCUUACAACAAGGUAGAAGCUCUUAGAGAAAAAUCUGAUGCCGAAAAGUUAAUUCUUUCUAACGAUUACAUUGCUGCUAGAACAAAACUGAAAAAAGCCCAACAGCUUUUUCCGUCACUCGACCACAUCACUCCUAUGCUUACAGUUUGUGAGAUAUUAUCUGCCUCCACAAACAUAAUCCCGGGUUACGAAACCGAUUAUUAUUGGGUUCUUCAACUUAUGCCUUCAUCUGCUUUUACCGAUAUAACUUGUCAAUAUCAAAAACUCGUAUCUCUUUUACAACCGAUUAAAUACAAAUUCCCUGCUACCGAAUUGGCUCUGAAGCUUUUACAGGAGGCGUAUUCUGUUCUUUCCGACAAGAAAAAACGUGUGGCGUUUGAUAUUAAACGAGGUACAAGUUGGGUGAAUUAUGAAACGUUUGAAAGCAAUCCUGAAAAGGAUAGCAAUGGUGAAAAAGUUAAUGGCAAUACCAAUAACAUUAACAUACAAGAAUCGGGUUCAGGUUCAGGUUCUUCAUCUUCUGAUGUAAUUUCCGAAGGGUAUAAAGGUCAAGACACGGAUAUUAAUUCGGGAUCACAUGAACAAAAGCAGGAUUUUUAUAAUUUUGAUACUUACAGGACACCCGAGUGUUUUGAGUUAAGAGAUAUUUGGGCGGUUCAUUGUAAUUUAACCCAACCCUGCAUUGGGGGUAGAUACGGUCAAGUUUGUGAUAAAUCAGGGGGUGAAGCUGAAAUUACAUGGUUGAAACCGAUUCCUGUAACCGAAGGUGAAAGAAGAUGGUUUGAUGCUGGUUUGCCUGUUGCUUGUGGGUCGUUUUGUUUGGAUACAGAAAAAAGUGGAACAGUUGGGUUGAAAGGGGUAUUUUCGUACAAGUGCUCGUGGGAUUCCGGAAUCACUGAGGAAUUAUACGAGAUUUACCCGAAAAAAGGUGAAGUUUGGGCGGUGUAUGACAAUUUUGACCUUGAUGAAUGGUCUUACAACCCUGAUAUCAUUAAAGAAUGUUCUUAUAAGCUAGUUGAAAUUAUUACUGAUUAUUCUAUAUACAACGGUGUGGAGUGUGGUCAAUUGGUCAAAGUCAAUGGCUUCAAAAGUGUAUAUGAGCGACAAACCGGUGAAGGCAGCAAUCUUCAUAUUGGUCCCCGAGAUUUGUACAUGCUGGCCCACAACGUCCCGGCAUAUAGGUUCACUGGUGGUGAGAUUUACGGGGUUAAUGAUGGCAUGUUUGAGCUCGACCAGUUGGCUCUAAAAAACCUGGAUGACGAACCCAACAAUCAACCCAUGGUUGAAGAGAAAGAUCCUGACCUUUUGGUUCUUACACCAAACCCGAACCCGAACCCGAACCCACAGGGCUCGGUUUUGGGGCCUAAUUGGGCUGCGAAUGACUUCACAACGGGCCAGGUUUGGGCUACGUACUCCGGAAAAGACUUGAUGCCUCGCCAAUAUGUUCUCAUUAACAACAUGAUUUCACCAAGUGGAUUUUCUGCAACGGUUCUAGAACCCGAGACUGUUUUUGACGUUGAAGCCAGCUGGAAAAGCCGAAAUUUGCCGAUUGUAUGUGGGAUGUUUAGAGCAAAAGAAGUGAAAGUCAACCUUGACAUAAGUCAAUUCUCGCAUUUAGUCAACUGCUUCAAAAGCACCAGCAAUUUCAUUUACAAGAUCUUCCCGACAAAGGGUGAGAUUUGGGCGGUUUAUAGAAACUGGAAGCUGCAAUGGAAUCGGGUCAACUAUGAUAACUGCAAGUGUUGGGUGGUUGAAAUCUUGUCGGACUUUUCUGAUGGGGAGAAGAUGAUGGUGGCUAGAUUAGUAGAAGUCAAAGGUUGUUUGACUUUUUUUCAACGGAUGCAAGGGGAAGACGGGUUCGAAAUGGUUCGUGGGUUUUCGAAGCGAGAGAUGUUGUGUUUUUCCCAUCGGAUUCCAGCUUUUCGAGUUCCUGGAAUAGGAGGGCAUGGGAUUCCGGAGAGUUCUUGGCAUUUGGAACCGAAUGCUUUACCGCCAAACGGAAAUUGAUUGAGUUCAUCUUUAGAGCAGUUGUUAGUUGUUGUAAAAUUAAUGUUGAAUUGAUCCCUGAAUAAGAAUGUGCAAUAAACUCAAGAACUGGUAGUUCCAAAUAUCAUAUUCAAUGCUUUUUUAGGUGCCA